GCAGUCAGGUGGUACUCCUCCUUGACUAUUUUCCUCAUCCCCAAUUUUCAGUCGGCCCAUCCGGUGAACCAGGUCUCGAUCCUCUUCUGGCGUUUCAGGUCGUCCUACCUCGUCCCUCACGAUGUCAUCUUUGGCCUGAGGGCCAAAGGAUCGGCGAUACCACUGGCGCAGGUCAAAGGUCUCGUCGUCGAGACAAGCGACCGGCAGUUCACACGAGCGCUCCAGAUGGUGGAGGGUGACAGUGUAGCGGGAUGGGUCCAGCAUGGAGGGGGCAACAUCGAAGAGCUCGAGGUGAGCGUCAUUGCCUGCCUCUUGAUCGUAUGACCACAGCAGAACUGCGGCCAUUGUGGCCACCACGUCGCCGACUUCCGUGUCCCAUGCUUCGUUGGUCUCCAGUUCAUCCAGAGGUCGACAAGCGACAACCUGGCGGAAUCGUCGUAUGCGGCGUACGCAUCAGCCCGGUCCAGGACCAGGAAGUCGCCGUUCUGCUGCUUUGUGACCACAAAUCGUGGCCCUGGAUCAGUCUGGAUAAGGUCUUCAUCACCGGGGUAGGGGGCGGCGUCGGUGAGGGCCAUUCGUAUGAAGCGGGCGCGGAUGUUGCCAAUAGGCGUGUGCAUCUCAUCUAGGGGCAAUGGGGGCGAGUCGUGCAACAGGUUGCUGUCCAGGUACUCAAGUACUUCGCUAAGUCCAUUUUUGUCUUCAUCUUGGAACUGGCUGGUACUCCCGCCCUCUCGAUCGCCUCCUAAGUCGAUUGCAAAUGUCUCGAGCAAUUGCUCCGUGCUCUCGAACAGUGCCAAGGAUGUUUCAAAGGUCACCCCAUGGGCCGCUAGGCCUGGGGGUUUCCCCUUCUGCUUAGACGGGACGGUCUGCAGCUUGGGGCAGUUUCUUGCGAAGUGCCCCUCCGCUUCGCAGUUCAGGCAUUUAUUCGCCGCCAUGAGCUCCUCGCGCUUCUGCGCUGUCAGUUUGCGCUCCCAGGGGCGGUCAUUUGGUUCGCGGUUUCGGUCCUUUUUAUUCUUUGAACCUUUUCCUGUUGAGCAUCUGAGUUGAUGUGGGCGAUCAGACGUGAUCGGAUGUUGGGGGUUGUUGUGGACGUCU